AUGUCCACAGACAAUCCAGCUACUCAGGCUACUCCAGAUCCUCCAGCACCCCCAGCUCCCGAAGCUUCUCAAAGUACUCAAGUUCCUAUGAACCAGCCUGAGCCACUGACUGCCUCAUCUGCGCGAGAACCCGUCCAGACGUUGCACCAAGUAGUUACCUACGUCGACCAGCACAAGGUCUUGGGGGUCAUCGCCGUCCAUCAGAACAGAUAUUUCUCGUGGCAGGCCCGGUUCGCCCACCUGCAGUGGACCUCGCUCGCAUCGACCUUUGAGAGAGUCCUCGGCGGAAGCGCCGUCACCGUCGGCCUCUUGAUCAGCUUCAUCUCGCCCUUCCCUGUUGCAUCUCUCACGGGCGUCGUCAUCGUUGCAUGGCAGUACAUUGUCGUCUCUUACCACAAUGAGAUCCGCCGCAUCGCCGCGGCCGUCGACGAAAUAGCGUCUCAGGCCAGAGCCAGUGUCGACAGUGGCCGUCUCUAUGCUUCGUCUGUCACCGCAUACGAGAAGUCCAUCUUGCGUCUCGUCGCCGUGCUCGUCAACGACACGGGCCGAUACAAUCUUGACGUGUACAGACCCACACCCGGCAUCGGACCCCUUCUUACAGAAAACAUCGACGCCAUCACCCCUGCCGCCAAAGAAGUGGCUGCCCUAGUCACAACCUCGAGCACCAACCUCCCAAAGGCCCUUCAAGCCCUCGAGCAGGUCAAGUACCUAGGCGACAAAGCGAACCUGCUCGCGCGACACGGCGAGAUCGCCGACGCAGCCGCAUUACUUGCCGAGCUAGGCACAGCCCUAACGACCAUCCGUGACGUUGAAGCGCAACUUCUCGAUGCAGAGCAGAGACCAACCCAUAGAAAGAUUGUCGAACAACUCCAGGCGGCCGCGACGCCUCCACCAGCGCCAGAGCCCGAACCCCAGCCUGAACCCCAACAGGCAAACCCGGACGAGUUGCCUAAUGCUGUGACCCUCCGCAACCCCAAAGUCAUCGUCGGCGGCCUCUCUGGUGCCCCUGAAGACGUCGACGACAAGGUCUUCCAGCUCGAUCUCCCGUUCGCCGUCUCUCUCUACGGCCACUCCAGCUCGACAUUGUGGGUCGUCGACAACGGGAUGAUCUGUCUGGACGAAGCUCCUACUGCAAGUCCGGCGAGUGUGCGAACAGGGCAGCAACUUCCAUUCCGCGACGGUCUAGCACCAUACUCGCUAUUCCCCCUCUGGAAAGAUCUGAAGAUCGUACAGGGCAAGCCGCACGGUAUCUACUACGACAUCGAAGGAAACGCACCCAACCGCACCCUAACAAUUGAGUUCUAUGUGACGAGGUAUAACAUGGAGGACCAGUACUUCCAUUUCUUGAUGAUCUUGGAAGAGGCGAGGCCCAACAUCGCGACGUUCCGGUACUUUGAUGUCCAGGAUGAGGGGGCUGAGGGGACGGUUGGAGUGCAGGGACCGCAGAACUACAAACUAUUCUCGUACAACCAGCGCAAGAUCUCUCCUGGUUUGGAGCUGGUGUUCGAUACCACACCUAAUGUUAAUCGCGUGGAGACGUCGACGUUCCCCUUGCCCUAGGCUAGGAACGGCUAUCAUUGCUUUCUGACCGGACGUUAUUGGUACGAGUUCGAUCUGUCAAGAUUAUUGGUGGUUCUGGACAGGAUGCAUCGUUUAGAUCUGCGUAGCCUCCAACUUUCAGUUAGGUGGGAGCCACGGCAUCCCUCACUCAAUGCACGCUAUUCACUAACUUCUUCUGUUAGCUCAAUGAACUGGCGUCAAUGAACCAUCGAUUACAUGUAAUGGAU